CUCCAUUCAAACGGUUGCACAAGGUCGACAAUCUAGUUCGGCCCGACAACUGAGAAAAGGUUGCACGUCUCCGUUGCCAUUUUGGCUCAAGCCAUUUUGGCUCAAGCCAGCUCCCGCGCGGGUUCAAGGGUCUGCCUCUGGCGAUAGCCAAACGGCGGGCCCUUCGCUCGGGCGCAGCCAUGGCGACGGGAGGGUGUGGAGAUGCACGCCCAAUUCGCCGCAGCCCCGAGGACCGCAAGGCAGGGAAGCUGUGGGCUAGGCAGUCUGCCGAUCGUGCGAUCAUCAAGCUCUCCGACGAGCUCAGGCGGGCGCAGGGCGGACUUCGAGGCGAUCAUUGGUGGCCUCACCACCAUCUUCGGGUGCGCGGAGCUGGCCGAUCGCAUCGUCGCACUGGCGCCGGCCUUGGGGGAGAAGCUAGCAGGGCGCGUGCCGUCUGCGGCGCUAGCUGUGAGAAGGAACGUUGCCCUGCAUUCCGACGCUCGCGGUGUACGAGUGUCGACUGCGACGAUCGAGCAGUUGCGGCGCCUGCAGAAAUAUGGGGUCAGGCUGGAGGCCCGUGCGGAGGCAGAGAGCUUCACGUUCAACGCGGACGCUGCGGAGUUCUUCCCUUGUGGCCCGCUCGGCACGCGUUGGGAAUUUUUGCCGCUGCCUGGUGUGCUUGGCUAUUCGGAGUCGGGGUUGACCGAGGCCGUCGAGGGCACCUCCUUGGCGUGCGCUGGCGACGGCGGCGAGGAGCAUGAUGUCGGCCCUGCUUGCGACGUGCCGUCUAAGGUGAUCACCCCCGAGUUUUUCGCAGCUGGUCGCAAGUCGUCUUUUACUUCGGCGCCGUCACUGGGCCUUUGUCCUGUCGAAUGGCUGCGCCAGGGAGGUGGGGUUCCUGUUCGUGCUUUUCUUCCUAGGGAGCCGCUUCGUGCUGAUGGACUUCCAGAUCUGCUGGCUGGCCCAGGACCUGCGGCGGAAGGGGGCUGUUGCAGCACCUUGGACGAGCUCCUGGAGGCAGAGGUGCUGAAGUAUGAGGCGCUGGAGGCCGCACGUGCUUCGCCUAGGGCCGUGGGGGCCCAGCGGGAGGCCGUGGCGAGGGCCUCUGCAGCGCUGAACCUUCCCGAUGUCGAUUCUGGUCGUCCGCUGUGGGUGCCUUCCGGGCUUCCUCCAGAUCCAGGCGAAGGACGGCUUUUCUGGUGACUCUAUAAAGUAUGCUUGGCUUUCACGCUGAAUUCUUCAUUUUGUGUUUGGUACUGUUCACCGCGUCAUGCAGUGACCUUUUCUGCGAAUCGGGUGCUUCCUGGUAUUGUAUGUGGCCGACGGCUUCCUGGUAUUGUAUGUGGCUCCCGCUCGUGGGCUUGCGCUGGGCGGUGCUGGGCGUGGGGUGUGGUCAAGUCGUCAUCGAAGGUCAACGCAUCAGAGGUGGCCUCGCCCUCAUCGAGGCGCAGCUGCACGCCCCUCUCGCGCCGCUGCUUUACUUCGUCUGCAUACAGAGGUGGAGCGUUGAGUUCAAGAAAAGG